GACGCGGUCCCGAACAAUGCCCGCCGGGCCGUUCCAUGGAGACGGCGGGACCGCAGUCAACAGACGCCGCCAGACACCGGAGAGAGCGGACGGUGUGCGAACAGCUCCGCAGAGAGACAUGGCUUCCUUAGGGAAGCUGCUGGGCCGGGCACUCUCCCUCCCGGCACAGCUUCUCCCCGCCUCCCGCCGCCUCCACAUGCCGGCAGACGGGCCCGGAUGGGAAUUCAUCAAGGGUUUGGGCGGGAUGUCCGCCCAGCUCCCAGCCGCCGACCUGCCGAACCGUGCCGACCUGCCGAGCCGUGCCAGGAACAUCUGCACCGAGGGCGAGGGCUUGUCAGUCAACGCUGUGAUCAUCAAGGCCGCCAUGGAGGGCGCAGAGUCGUGUGAUAUCUCCGACACGGGACCUUCGGCUGCCGACCUGCGACUGCUGGAGCACGCUGAGGUGUUCGGACUGUCAGCACCGUCUUACUGGUGCCUCAGGAGCCAGGCGUCCCGACAACUCCCCACCAGCUGGACUUUCAGGGGCGGCAAGCUGCCG